AUGCUUUCCAAGACCUUUCUUCUGGCCCUCGCCGCCGCCCCCUUCGUUGCUGCUCAUGGCAAGGUCGCGGUCGUAACCGGCGACGCAGGCGGCAACGGCACCGCCUUGGCCAUCCAGGGAGGUGUCGUGCCAGGCCCGGGUCCCAACCGCAAGACUGAACUUGACACCACCGUCUUCAAGAACAAGAACAUCAUGACGGACGGCCUCGGCAAGACAACAGGCCAAGGCAAGGUCCAGGCCAAAGACAUCCAGCAGGUCAUGGCGCUGUCCGGCGACACCCUGCCCCAGGUCUCCUCCGUGAACGGCAGCAUCUCGGGCACCUACCACGUCGUCACCACCGACGGCGCCGGCCCCAUCAACGCAGUCCUCGACCCGACCGGCACCGGCGCCUUCUCGCAGGGCGUCAAGCUCCAGGUCAUGCAGCAGGUCCCCGGGAACAAAGGCAACAUCAGGCCCAGCGGCAAGGUUCCCGGCGGCAAGCGGUCGCUCUGGGAGAGGGCCCUCAGCGUCAUCGUCAAGCGCGCGUCCAAUGUCAACAUGGACUUUCCCAUGGCCUUUGCGGUGCCCGAUGGAACCACGUGCUCUGGUUCCAUGGGCGGCCAGAAAAACGUCUGCCUGGUCAAGAUUGCCAACAGCAACGGAGCCGGCCCCUUUGGCGGUGUCGUGCCCAUCCAGAUUGCACCCGCCGCCGGCGCUGCUCCUGCUGCUCCCGCCACUCCCGCUGCACCGGGUGCUAAGCGCAGCGUCGAGUUCCAGGCAUAG